CACAAACACACGCAAAAUUACGCGGAGAAACAGAGAGAGAGAUGGAAAUGAGUGGAAAUGGAGGCAGAAGGAUGAGCGGAAAAACACAGAAGAAGAAGAAGAAGAUAAGCUUAGAGAAUUACCUGGAUAUUAUUCACAGUCACAAGCAACUCGAUGAUCUCAAUAUCGCUAAUCUCAAGGAGAUCAUUAGCAUGCACGGAUUCAAAAAAAUGGGGACUACAAAGAACGUUCUGAUUGAGGCGGUGAAAACAAUGGAGUUAAUGGACCUUAGUCGCUCCACAUUACAAGAGGAAAUAUCAUCAGAAGAAGCGUUUGUUUCUGUUGAUGAAGCAAUCAAACACCUAACUCAACUCAACUGGCAAGAGUGCUGUGUCGCCUCUCUUCAAACCAUUUGUUUCUCUGCUGAUGAAGCUGUUAGAGACUACUCAAAUCACUGCCACGAGAAGAAGACAAAGAAGAAGAAGACUAACAAUGAUGCUUCAGCUUCCUCAAUGCCGAAUAUUAUGCUGCCACCAACUGACAAAGAAGUAACAGGAAGUCAAGCUGCUGAUGAAGGUUGAGUAUUAACUUGACAAAGCAGUCAACUAUUACUGAGGUUGCUACGCAAGGUACUGAUGUUGAACGAGAUGGAUAUGGUGGUUCUACUCAAGGUGAUGUUGUUGGGCGUGAUGGAUAUGGUGGUUCUCCUCAAGGUGAUGAUGUUGGACGUAAUGGAUAUGGUGGUUCUACUAAAGUUACUAAUGUUGGACUUGAUGGAUAUGGUGUUCCUAGUCAAGGUGAUGUUGUUGGACGUGAUGGAUAUGGUGGUUCUACUCAAGGUGAUGAUGUUGUUGGUGUUUCUAAGAGAGGCAGGAGUGUGAAGAGAAGAAUCAUGA